AUGGCGACGUGCACGGAAUGCGGCGGCAAAGGAAAGGUUGGAGGUCCCCGAUACCACCAGCCAUCGCUGAGGCAACUUCAGCACACUGGGCGUCGUGAAAAAUUCAGCGGUGUUUCCGAUGCUCAGAACCAAACCCUUUUCUUCCUCCCUCAGCUGGGGGACGAGAGUGGAGAAUGCGGACUGGACUUCGGCCUGAAGCAACAGUUGGCGGCCAGCUCCGCGGACGUUGCCGGUGUUGUCGAUAACGAAGCCGAUAUCCAAGGCUCUAGGGUCGCUCAAGACGACGCGCUUGAUACUGGAGAUGAUCCGUGGGAGCAUGAAAACACGUUUCCUCCUGAACUAUACUCUUCAACCGGCUGGGACGAGCAGGUGGACGAAGUGUGGAACUCUACCUUGCGAAGAUACGUCACCCGAGUCACCAGCCAACUGCGGGUCAUCAUUCCGACCACGUCCUCUGUCGCCGCGACCGACAGACAGUACGCCGGCCGAUACCGCUACACCGCUCUCGAAAGCAUCUCAGUCAGCGUCAAGCCCCCAUGCGUUACAGGCCAUAUCGCCUUACACUUCUCCUUCAUCAUCUGA